CAUAUGUGAAAGACUUGAACGAUAAGCAGGCCUGAUUCUCUAGCGUGUGUUGUAGGAGGACGCGCAGGACACUUCGAGGAGACUCUUCUGCGCAUAGUUACAACUUGUUUAUUGGUUACAUAAAGGUUGCUUACGGGGGCCGCUUGGCCCCGCGGCACCAGGAAAAAUGGCGAACGUCACGUACGAUAUCAUGUGGCGGGAGGCCAUGAUGGAGCUGCUGGAUCAGCUUGAAGCGGAAAAUCCAGAGGACCCAGGACUUGCGCCAAAGGACCUCUCGGAAUGGGCCUGCAUCUACAUCAAGUAUCUGCAGAUCAUGCGAAAGCUUGAGACAGCGUACGACCAAAUGGUCCACCCGCAAAAGCGACAGGACAUGCGGAAAGCCCUAGAGGCUUGUAUCGGACGCAUGUUGGAGAUCCGUCACUGGAUGGUGAAGCAGAACCGCGGUCUGGACUUCAUCAACCUGGACGACAUCCUGGUGGACCUCAAGCUGGGGCCCGAGGUGCUGGAGGUCCCGGUGCCCAAAUACUUCAUUGAGGACCGGGCCAAGGAGCUGGACGACAGGGACAAGUUCCUGGAGGCCCUGAUCGAGAAGUACAACGUGAAAGGGCCGACGACGUCCUCCAUCAUCCGCAUUGGCGCACCGCUUGGGGAAGAGGAGGCCAUCUUGAUGAUUCAGAAGAACGAGCGAGGCCGGCAGGCUCGCGAGCGUGCCCGCCUGGCCGCUAUCGCCAAGCGGCAGCGGCAGAUGGAGGACCGGCGCGUGCGGUUGGGUGUGACGCUGAGCCACGAGGAGGCGGCGAGGAAGAUCCAGGCGGCCAUCCGCGGCUGGCUGUGGCGGCGGCGCAUUCGCAAGGACGCGGACAAGGAGCUCAUGUUCAUUGGCAUGAAGCCCAAGCCCCGCGACCCCAAGCGCGACCCCCAGACGUCCGAGGCCAAGAACCUGAUGCGGCGCAAGCGAGUGCAGCUGGAACACGUUCGAGAGUACGACGAGGCCAUUGUAACGCUCAAGGGCAAAGUACGGGAGCUGGAGGGACAGGACAUGCGCGAAACCAUCCAAGACAAGGUAAACGCCUGGUUCGUGGAAAAGCGCAACCCGGCAACCGGCGAGUAUCCCGACUUCCCGGAGGCGGCGGACGGCGGCUCGCGCAUCAUCCUCAACCCGCCGCCACCCACUCUGGCGGCGCUGUUGGAGGAUGUGGGGCCGGACGGCAAGAAGGGCAAGGAUGGCAAGAAGGACGCCAAGAAGAAGGACCCCAAGAAGGACGGCAAGAAGGGCGGCGACGACGGGCUGGGUGCGGCGGAGGCGGAGCGCAUCGGCGCCGUGUUCAUCCCCGCCAUCGAGGCGGCGGUGCAGGACUUUGUGGCAAAGUGGCAGGACCGCGACGAGACGGGCAACUUCCACCAAAAGUACGACCCUGAGCUGGUGAAGGACGAGCUGCGGCCCAUCGUGUUUGAGGAGAUCCGGCUGCAGGUGGACGAGGAGAUGCGGGUGCUGCUGCAGAACCUGAAGGACCUGGUGGAGGCUGAGCGGGCCGCCAAGCUGGGCAAGAAGGGCAAGAAGAAGAAGAAGAAGGGCAAGAAGAAGGGCAAGAAGGGGAAGAAGGGAAAGAAGGGCAAGAAGAAGAAGAAGGACCCCACGGCCGACCGCUCCAUCGAGUCGUUGUUCGCGGAGCUGGUCUCCAACGGCAUCCUGCAGCAGUGCCCCCACGUGCACGUGCGCGACUACCUGGGCUCCUCCUCCUUCAUGGCGGCCACGCUGGAGAAGGCGAACAUCAUACCCGACCCCUCCAUGGCGCAGGUACGGCAAGCGCUCACGGAGUACUGCAUCCUGCCGCUGGGCUCGCAGUUCAUCCACGAGCGGGCGCCGUACAUCAAGUCACUGCUGUUGUACGGCGCGGAGAAGACCGGCAAAACACUCAUGGCGCAGGCCAUCGCCAACCUGAGUGGCGCCAACUUCUUCGACAUCUCUCCGCGCAACACGGACGGCAAGUACCCGGGCAAGAACGUGGCCAUGAUGAUUCACAUGGUCUUCAAGGUGGCCCGCACCAUGGCUCCCUCCGUCGUCUACAUCGACGAGGCGGAGAAGGUGUUCCUAACCGACAAGAAGAAGCUGCGAGAGUUCGGUAGCCAGGAGCCCUUCAGCCGCAUCAAGAAGGAGCUGUUGAAGGAGGUCAAGAGCCUCACUCCGGGCGAGCGCGUGCUGGUGCUGGGCAACAGUCGGGAGCCCUACCUGUGCGUUAAGAAGGACGAGCGCUCCUUCAUGGGCUUCUGGAGCAAGCACAUCUUUAUGCCACUGCCCGACUACGCCUCGCGGCGGGUCAUCUGGCCGGGGCUGUUCGAGCGGCACCAGGGCCGCCUGACGUACGAGUUCGACCUGAGCACGCUGGCGCACAUUAGCGACGGCUACUCGGCGGGUCAGCUGGACAUGGUGGUGCACUCGCUGCUCACCAAGCGGCGCAUCGAGCGGCUGCGCUCCGCACCCGUGGACAUCCCCGAGGUGCUGCAGUGGAUGUGCAAGGUGGAGCCCAUCAGCCGGGAGGUGGACGAGGCGCUGCGCCGCUUCAUGGACAAGACCCCCGCCAUGGCUGUGCUCAAGGGCGGCGGCAAGCCCGGGACAUCCGGCAAGAAGGGUGGCAAGAAGGGCAAGAAGGGCGGCAAGAAGAAGAAGUGAGGAGCGAGGCGGCUGCGAGGCUUCGGUGGUGUAGAGACCGCUCGGGCAGCUGGGCUCCAAGCGAUCAGCUCCAGCUUUCUUUCACAAUUUCUUGGGUUUGGAACUUCUUGGGUUUGGGUCUUAUGGCCGCAGGCGGCUGUGAAUAGGUGGAUGUGACAUGGGCUCAAAAGGGAAGGGCCGUUGGUGGGGAUGCUAGCAAGAGGUGUGCCAGCUAGGUGUGUCAGCCGGGGGGUGGGUGCAAGUGGUCUGCGUCAGCGCAUGCGUGCUAGCUGGCGGUCUUACGACGAGGCUGCGAGGACAUCUACCGAUGGGGUGAGAGCGGUGGUUUGCGUGCCGCCGGGUGACCUGACGAGGCGAAGUUAAGAGGCGCGCUGCGAAGUGUGCCAGUCGCCGACUGGUAUGCCGGUUGGGUAUCUCAUAUUGCGGAUACCUAGCGGCGAUGCUGCGACUGACGCGGUGGGUUUAACGGGCGCGCAGCAGAUGGAUAGGCGUUCAUACAUGUUCGUAAGGAGCAUUGCGUGCUGCGUUCAUCUUUAGCUGAGUUCGGAUGGCCUUAUCCUAGAUAGGUUUAGGCGUAGAUGUUGGCCGGGUAAUUUACUGCGCUAGGCGAGCGCAGGAGUCGCAUCCGUGCAAAGCAGCGGCGGUUGGCAGUUACUGUAUUGCC